AUGUGCGACUGCUUCCACGUGGUGCUGCCCACCUGGCCCGGAGCCCCCGGCAGCGUGUCUGACCCUCAGCUGCAGCCGGGGGGAGCCCAGGCCGAGAGCGCGGAGGAGCACUCUGCCACCCGAGGUCCUGCGGAGGAGAUCAUCCGGCCACGGCCACAGGGGUCCUCACCUGUCUAUGAGUUCCCGGCCGAGGGGGCUGGCUUUGGGGUCCAGGAGGGCGCCCGGGGCAGGCGCCGCUCCGGGAGGCGGAGGUCCUGGUGGAAGCGGCUCUCGGGCGAUUCGCAGGACUCCAGCGUGAGUCACACACAGGCCAUGCAGGAGGCAGCGGAGGUGACGCUGAAGACGGAGGUGGAGGCAGGAGCCAGUGGCUACAGUGUCACCGGUGGCGGAGCCCAGGGGAUCUUUGUCAAGCAAGUGCUGAAGGAUUCCUCGGCCGCCAAGCUCUUCAGCCUGAGAGCAGGUGAUCAGCUGCUCAGUGCAACCAUAUUCUUCGACGACAUUAAAUAUGAAGAUGCUCUCAAAAUUCUACAGUACUCAGAGCCAUACAAGGUUCAGUUCAACCUCAGACGGAAACUCCCUGCUCGUGAGGAAGAGGAGUGCGCUGUCCAUGACCCCCAGCUAGGCUGGAAGGGCCAGCAGGACAAGGAGGCUGCCGACGGGUGCACAGAGACCCCCACGAAGACCCUGGAGGCAGACGGAGACCGAGAGCGACUCAUCGCCAAGCCGAGCGGAGGGCGGGGUAGGAGGUCGCAGGACAGGCUCUCUUGGCCCAAAUUUCAAGUGAUCAGGAGCCGCCGGGCACCAGGACCUCGGCGCUCACACAGCUCCUCAGAGGCCUACGAACGCAGGGAUUCGCGCACCGAGUCCCCAACUAGCACUGACACGGAGGCCCUGGGCGGGAUGCCAGCAGGCAGCCGGAGGAAGAGGUUCCCCCUACACCUGCGGCUGAGGAGGAGCUCCGCACAGGGCCAGGCGGGCAGGCCAGCCCAGGGGCAGGGUCAUGCAGGGGCACUGCAGCAGCCGGAGCCUGGGGAUGGUGAGCUGCAGGAUGCAGAGAGCGCGGCGGGCGGCAGGCGGGAGAGCAGGAUGCAGGCGCCGGAGGCCCCGCGCGCUCCGACCACAAACCUGCCCAUGGAGUCAAGCCUUGUCGUGGGUGGAGAGGAGGAGCCCUGGAUCGGGGAAGGUAGGGCAGCUGGAAGAUGGCGGGAGACUCCACGGGGGAAGACGCAGGAGGACGCAGAGACACGCCGGGAACUGGGGGCCCGCCCAGCCCUGGGGAGGCGCGGGGAGGACGGCCUGGAAAUGAGGGUCAGCAGACCGUCCCUGCAAGACGACACGGAGGAGGCGGACGCACGCGGACAACCUCCAGAAACCCAGGUCAGAAUACGCCCUCUACAGACACCAAAAUUUGGAUUUUCCAAAGAAAAAGGACCACAGACAGAAAGAGGCUCUUCUGCUCACGAGGAACGCCGCGCAGAGCAGAGGUCUUGUGGAGAGGGGGCCACAUUGCCCAAAGGGAGCGAAGGCUGGAGGCCCGCGGGCCUCCGUGCAGAUCAGCCUGGACAGGAGGAAGGGAUCACGCACGGAGAACCAGAGACACGAGGCCCGGGAGACAUGGAGGAGGCAGGGAACGGCAAGUACCAAAGUCCAGGGAGGACGAAGAUGCCAAGGCUCAAGAUGCCCUCCUUCUCAUGGUCUCCCACAAAACAGGCAGGAGCCGGCUACCACAAGCAAAUCCAAGAAAAAGAAAGGCAGCCAGGAGAAAGGCAUGAGGGCGAACAGGUAGCGAUGAAAUUAGACAUAAAAGACAAGGAGGCCGACGUGGAAGACGGAGGCAAACUAAAAACUGACAGAAUACAAAGGCAAAGGGAACAAACUAUGACCCUAACAGAAGAAAACGACAUUUGUAACACAAGUGAAGGGAACAGGAUGACCAUGGGGGUGAACAUCCAGGCCGCCGGUGCCAAGCUGGAUGGGGACCUGACCCCAGGGCACAAGGACAUGGCCGCCAAAGACAGCAAGCUCAAAACGCCCAAGUUCAAGAUGCCGUCCUUCAGUGGGUCAGGGCCGGACAGGCCUCUGGAGGAUGUGCUCGAGAUGUCCACGCCCAAGAUGCAGGGUGACUUGGACCUUCCCCCUGUCCAUAGGGACCUGAAGACCCCUGAAGUCAGCAUUCAGCUGCCCUCUGACAAAGAGCAGGCCAGGCUGGACCAGAUGGCCAUGAGACUGCCCGAGGGACAGAUUCUCGAGGGAGAGCUGGUAGGACACCCUACUGGAGCUGGCCUCAAGGGUCACCUGCCCAAGGUGCAGAUGCCCAGCCUGAGGAUGCCCAAAGUGGACUUCAAGGGUCCCAAAGUGGACAUCAAGGCCCCCAAGCUAGAGGCGAAGGGCCUCAAGGCUGAAGCAGACACCCCUGAUCUAGAGAUGUCUCUGCCCAGUGUAGAGGUGGACCUCCAGACCCCCAGUGCCACCCUGGUAGGGGACCUGGCCCUCAGAGACAAGGACAUGUCCACCAAAGACAGCAAGUUCAAAAUGCCCAAGUUCAAGAUGCCGUCCUUUGGCUUGUCGGCACCCAGCAAGCCCUCAGGGGCUGCGAUAGAGGUGUCAACACCCAAGCAGGGCAAAGGCCUGCCAUCUGUCCAUGGGGACCUGAAGACCCCUGAGGUCAGUGUUCAGCUGCCCUCUGCUGAAAUGGAGGCCAAACUGGACCAGGUGGCCCUGAGGCUCCCGGAGGACCAAAUGCCUGAGGAAGAUCUGGCGGGCGAGCCAACUGGAGCUGGCCUCAGCAUCCACCUGCCAAAGGUACAGAUGCCCAGCCUGAAGAUGCCCAAAGUGGCCCUCAAGGGCCCCCAGGUGGACAUCAAGGACAGCACGAUGGACAUGAAGGGCUCCAAGGCUGAAGCAGGCACCGCUGAUCUAGAGGUAGCUCUGCCCAGCGUGGAGGUGGACAUCCAGACCCCCAGUGCCAAGCUGGAAGGGGACCUAGCCCUCAAAGACCAGGAUGUGUCCACCAAAGACAGCAAAUUCAAAAUGCCCAAGUUCAAGAUGCCGUCCUUCGGUACGUCGAUGCCCAGCAAGCCCUCAGAGGAGGGCGCGGUGGAGGUGUCAGUGCCCAAGGUGCAGGGUGACGUGGAGCUGCCCUCCGUCCAGGGUGACCUCGAGACCCCUGAGGUCAGCGUUCAGCUGCCCUCUGCCAAAGUAGAGGCCAAGCUGGACCAGGUGGCUGUGACCCUGCCCGAGGGCCAGCUGCCUGAGGGAGACCUGGCAGGCCAGACUUCUAGAGCUGGCCUCAAGAGCCAUCUGCCCAGGUUGCAGAUGCCCAGCCUGAAGAUGCCCAAAGUGGCCCUCAAGGGCCCCCAGGUGGACAUCAAGGGCCCCAAGGUGGACAUGAAGGGCUCCAAGGCUGAAGCAGGCACCGCUGAUCUAGAAGUGGCUGCACACAGCAUGGAGGUGGACCUCCAGACCCCCAGUGCCAAGCUGGAAGGGGACCAGGCCCUUGGAGACAAGGACAUGUCCGCCAAAGACAGCAAGCUCAAAAUGCCCAAGUUCAAGAUGCCGUCCUUUGGCUUGUCAGCACCUGGCAAGCCCUCACAGAGCACUCUAGAGGUGUCAGUGCCCAAGGUGCAGGGUGACAUGGACCUGCCCUCCGUCCAGGGUGACCUCGAGACCCCUGAGGUCAGCAUUCAGCUACCCUCUGCCAAAGUGGAGGCCAAGCUGGACCAGGUGACCAUAAAGCUGCCAGAGGUUCAGCUGCCCAAGGAAGAGCUGGUGGGCCAGUCUACUGGAGCUGACCUCAAGGGUCAGCUGCCCAAGGUGCAGAUGCCCAGCCUGAAGAUGCCCAAAGUGGCCCUCAAGGGCCCCCAGGUGGACAUCAAGGGCCCCAGGGCUGAAGCAGGCAUCCCUGAUCUAGAAGUGGCUGCGCACAGCAUGGAGGUGGACCUCCAGACCCCCAGUGCCAAGCUGGAAGGGGACCUGGCCCUUGGAGACAAGGACAUGUCCGCCAAAGACAGCAAGCUCAAAAUGCCCAAGUUCAAGAUGCCGUCCUUCGGUGUGUCAGCACCUGGCAAGACCUCACAGAGCACUCUAGAGGUGUCAGUGCCCAAGGUGCAGGGUGAUGUGGACCUGCCCUCUGUCCAGGGUGACCUCGAGACCCCUGAGGUCAGCAUUCAGCUGCCCUCUGCCAAAGUGGAGGCCAAGCUGGACCAGGUGAUCGUAAAGCUGCCAGAGGUUCAGCUGCCCAAGGAAGAGCUGCCCUCAGCGGGCGCGGUGGAGCCAGCUAGAGCUGACCUCAAAGGUCAUCUGCCCAAGGUGCACAUGCCUAGCCUGAAGAUGCCCAAAGUGGACUUCAAGGGCCCCAAGCUGGACAUCAAGGGCCCCAAGGUGGACAUCAAGGGCCCCAGGGCUGAAGCAGGCAUCCCUGAUCUAGAAGUGGCUGCGCACAGCAUGGAGGUGGACCUCCAGACCCCCAGUGCCAAGCUGGAAGGGGACCUGGCCCUUGGAGACAAGGACAUGUCCGCCAAAGACAGCAAGCUCAAAAUGCCCAAGUUCAAGAUGCCAUCCUUCGGUGUGUCAGCACCUGGCAAGACCUCACAGAGCACUCUAGAGGUGUCAGUGCCCAAGGUGCAGGGUGAUGUGGACCUGCCCUCUGUCCAGGGUGACCUCGAGACCCCUGAGGUCAGCAUUCAGCUGCCCUCUGCCAAAGUGGAGGCCAAGCUGGACCAGGUGAUCGUAAAGCUGCCAGAGGUUCAGCUGCCCAAGGAAGAGCUGGUGGGCCAGUCUACUGGAGCUGACCUCAAGGGUCAGCUGCCCAAGGUGCAGAUGCCCAGCCUGAAGAUGCCCAAAGUGGCCCUCAAGGGCCCCCAGGUGGACAUCAAGGGCCCCAAGAUGGACAUGAAGGGCCCCAAGGCUGAAGCGGACACCCCUGAUCUAGAGGUAGCUCUGCCCAGCAUGGAGGUGGACAUCCAGACCCCCAGUGCCAAGCUGGAAGGGGACCUGGUCCUCCAAGACAAGGAUGUGUCCACCAAAGACAGCAAGCUCAAAAUGCCCGAGUUCAAGAUGCCCUCCUUCGGUGUGUUGGUGCCCAGCAAGCCCUCAGAGGGUGUGGUAGAGGUGUCAGUGCCCAAGGUGCAGGGUGACGUGGACCUGCCCUCUGUCCACGGGGACCUGAAGACCCCUGAGGUCAGAGUUCAACUUCCCUCUGCUGAAAUUGAGGCCAAGCUGGACCAGGUGUCCGUUACAUUGCCCAAGGGCCAGCUGCCUGAGGGAGACCUGGUGGGCCAACCUCCUGGAGCUGGCCUCAGCAGCCACCUGCCCAUGGUGCAGAUGCCCAGCCUGAAGAUGCCCAAAGUCGACCUCAAGGGGCCCCAGGUGGACAUCAAGGGCCCCAAGCUGGACAUGAAGGGCCCCAAGACUGAAGCAGAAUCCCCUGAUCUAGAGAUGUCUCUGCCCAGUGUGGAGGUAGACAUCCAGACCCCCAGUGGCAAGCUGGAAGGGGACUUGGCCCUGGAGGACAAGGACAUGUCCACCAAAGACAGCAAGCUCAAAAUGCCCAAGAUGAAGAUGCCGUCUUUUGGCAUGUUGGCACCCAGCAAGCCCUCAGAGGGCACUGUGGAGGUGUCAGUGCCCAAGGUGCAGAGUAACGUGGACCUGCCCUCUGUCCAGGGUGACCUCGAGACCCCAGAGGUCAACAUUCAGCUGCCCUCUGCUGAAAUUGAGGCCAAGCUGGACCAGGAGGACAUGAAGCUCCCUGAGGGCCAGCUGCGUGAGGGAGAGCUGGCAGGCCAGACUACUGGAGCUGGCCUCAAGAGCCAUCUUCCCACGGUACAGAUGCCCAGCCUGAAAACGCCCAAAGUGGCCCUCAAGGGCCCCCAGGUGGACAUCAAGGGCCCCAAGCUGGACAUGAAGGGCUCCAAGGCUGAAGCAGACAUCCCUGAUCUAGAGGUAGCUCUGUCCAGCAUGGAAAUGGACAUCCAGACUCCCAGUGCCAAGCUGGAAGGGGAACUGGCCUUCAGAGACAAGGAUGUGUCCACCAAACACAGCAAGCUCAAAAUGCCCAAGUUCAAGAUGCCGUCCUUCGGUGUGUCGGCAUCCAGCAAGCCCUCAGAGGGCGCGGUGGAGGUGUCAGUAUCCAAGGUGCAGGGUGACCUGGAGCUGCUCUCUGUCCAGGGAGACCUCGAGACCCCUGAGGUCAGCAUUCAGCUGCCCUCUGCCAAAGUGGAGGCCAAGCUGGACCAAGUGACCGUAAAGCUGCCAGAGGUUCAGCUGCCCAAGGAAGAGCUGGUGGGCCAGUCUACUGGAGCUGACCUCAAGGGUCAGCUGCCCAAGGUGCAGAUGCCCAGCCUGAAGAUGCCCAAAGUGGCCCUCAGGGGCCCCCAGGUGGACAUCAAGGGCCCCAAGCUGGACAUGAAGGGCCCCAAGGCUGAAGCAGACAUCCCUGAUCUAGAGGUAGCUCUGUCUAGCAUGGAAAUGAACAUCCAGACUCCCAGUGCCCAGCUGGAAGGGGACCUGGUCCUCAGAGACAAGGACAUGUCCACCAAAGACAGCAAGCUCAAAAUGCCCAAGUUCAAGAUGCCAUCCUUUGGUGUGUCUAUGUCCAGCAAGCCUUCACGGGGCCCGGUGGAGUUGUCAGUGCCCAAGGUGCAGGGAGACGUGGAGCUGCCCUCUGUCCAUGGGGACCUCGAGACCCCUGAGGUCAGUGUUCAGCUGUCCUCUGCCGAAAUUGAGGCCAAGCUGGACCAGCUGUCUGUGACCCUGCCGGAGGGCCAGCUGCCUGAGGGAGACCUGGCAGCCCAGCCUUCUGGAUCUGGAAUCAAGAGCCACCUGCCCAAGGUGCACAUGCCCAGCCUGAAGAUGCCCAAAGUGUCCCUCAAGGGCCCCCAGGUGGACAUCAAGGAACCCAAGCUGGACAUGAAGGGCCCCAUACCCGAAGCGGGUGCUCCCGAUGUAGAGGUGUCUCUUCCCAGUGUGGAGGUGGACAUUGAGGCCCCUGGUGCCAAGCCUGAGAAGCACUUGGCUCUGAAGGACAAGGACAUGUCCGCCAAAGACAGCAAGCUCAAAAUGCCCAAGUUCAAGAUGCCGUCCUUUGGCGUGUCAGCACCUGGCAAGCCCUCACAGAGCACUCUAGAGGUGUCAGUGCCCAAGGUGCAGGGUGACGUGGACCUGCCCUCCAUCCAGGGUGACCUCGAGACCCCUGAGGUCAGCGUUCAGCUGCCCUCUGCCAAAGUGGAGGCCAAGCUGGACCAGGUGACCAUAAAGCUGCCAGAGGGCCAGCUGCCUGAGGGAGACCUGGCAGCCCAGCCUUCUGGAUCUGGAAUCAAGAGCCAUCUGUCCACAGUGCAGAUGCCCAGCCUGGAGAUGCCCAAAGUGUCCCUCAAGGGCCCCCAGGUGGACAUCAAGGAACCCAAGCUGGACAUGAAGGGCCCCAUACCCGAAGCGGGUGCUCCCGAUGUAGAGGUGUCUCUUCCCAGUGUGGAAGUGGACAUUGAGGCCCCUGGUGCCAAGCCUGAGAAGCACUUGGCUCUGAAGGACAAGGACAUGUCCGCCAAAGACAGCAAGCUCAAAAUGCCCAAGUUCAAGAUGCCGUCCUUUGGCGUGUCAGCACCUGGCAAGCCCUCACAGAGCACUCUAGAGGUGUCAGUGCCCAAGGUGCAGGGUGACAUGGACCUGCCCUCCGUCCAGGGUGACCUCGAGACCCCUGAGGUCAGCAUUCAGCUACCCUCUGCCAAAGUGGAGGCCAAGCUGGACCAGGUGACCAUAAAGCUGCCAGAGGUUCAGCUGCCCAAGGAAGAGCUGGUGGGCCAGUCUACUGGAGCUGACCUCAAGGGUCAGCUGCCCAAGGUGCAGAUGCCCAGCCUGAAGAUGCCCAAAGUGGCCCUCAAGGGCCCCCAGGUGGACAUCAAGAGCUCCAAGGUGGACAUCAAGGGCCCCAAGGCUGAAGCAGACACCCCUGCUCUAGAGAUGUCUCUACCCAAUGUGGAGGUGGACAUCCAGACCCACAGUUCCAAGCUGGAAGGGGACCUGGCCCUCAGAGACAAGGACAUGUCCACCAAAGACAGCAAGCUCAAAAUGCCCAAAUUCAAGAUGCCGUCCUUCGGUGUGUUGGUGCCCAGCAAGCCCUCAGAGGUCACGGUGGAGGUGUCAGUGCCCAAGGUGCAGGGUGACGUGGACUUGCCCUCUGUCCACGGGGACCUGAAGGCCCCUGAUGUCAGCACUCAGCUGCCCUCUGCUGAAAUUGAGGCCAAGCUGGACCAGGUGGCUGUGGAGCUCCCCGAGGACCAGUUGCCGGAGGGAGAUCUGGCAGCCCAGUCUGCCAGAGCUGACCUCAAAGAUCAGUUGCCCAAAGCUCAGAUGCCCAGCCUGGAGAUGCCCAAAGUGUCCCUCAAGGGCCCCCAAUUUGAUAUCAAGGGCCCCAAGCUGGAUAUGAAGGGCUCCCAGGCUGAGGUGGCGUCCCCCGAUCUGGAGGUGUCUCUGCCCCGUGUGGAAGUGGACAUUGAGGUCCCCGAUUCCAAGCUGGAUGGGGACCUCGUCCUGGGGGACAAGGAUGUGUCCACCAAAGACAGCAAGUUCCAAAUGCCCACGUGCAAGAGGCCGUCCUUGGGCGUGUCGGCGCCCGGCAAGCCCCGGGAGGCUGCUCUGGCGGUGUCGGCACCCACCGUGCGGGGCUCCGCAGGCCUGACCUCCGUCCAGGGGGACCUGAGGACCCCUGCGGUCAGCGCUCAGCUGCCCCCGGCCAAACAAGACUUGGAGGUCUGCCAUGUGUUCGUCGGCCUUUCUGAGGACCAUGGUCCUGAUAUUUCUCUUCCACGCUCUGGUGUUCGGAUUUCUUUUCCUAAAUUCCAUAAACCCAAGUUCACUGUCCGCAGCCCUGCUGUGCCGAGUCACCACGCGGGCCCUCAAGCAGCGGAGCCCUCGGCUUCUCCUCCCGGUUCUGAACCUUGGCGUUGCCCCUGCGAUGGGUCCCUGGCGUCCGGCCCACAUCUCUGCCCUGGGGCAGACGCCGCUCAGCAGCCGGCUGCUUCCUCUGGGGUCACUACAGAUGAAGUUCCUGUAGAGCCUGGCAAAAGCAGUCCUUUCAAAUUACCCCGCUUCAAACUGCCAUCUUUCCAUCAGUCUCCAAAGAAAGUGCCGGAGUGGCCUGGGUCCCUGGGGAGCUCUGCGGGGGACCCCGCCAUUCCUGUCCCCUUGGAGUCAGACGAGGCGCUCUCUCUGCCCUGUGCUCAGCUGUCCCAGGAGGAAGCAAAUUCCGGCGUUCCUUCAGACAAGGGUGGGGAGAAGGGCAGGACCAAGAAGCCGGGGUUCGCCUUGUGCAGAGUGGCUCUUCCGAAGCUGAAGGCCUCUAAGGGGCCGGCCAGCCCGCCGCAGGGAGACGCCGGGCCGGCUCUUCCAAGGGGCCCGGCCGCAGGACACUCGGAAGCCUCAGGGGAUGACCGUGCCCGGGGGGUUGCUUUGGAAAACGGCACCAAGGAGGGUCUCUCGGAAGGAGAUGGUGUGAGCCUCCAGAUGUCACCCGUCCACACCCCCAGCUUGGGCUUUGCCAAACCCAGUCUCAGAGCCUCCACCGCCAAGAUGGACAGGAGGCCCUGCGACGCUGACCAGCCCCUUCCUGAAGGUCACUCAGCUGUCACGGUUGACCGCAAACCGCCUGAGCUUGGGGACCUGUCAGCCAGCCCGUCUUGUGUGGAGGGGACCAUCCUCCCACCCGAAGACCCUGUCCAGUCUCCCGGCAGACAGCCCGAGGCCAGCCCGGCCGGGAGGCCAGCGGCCGGGAGGCCACUGCGCGAGGCGCCCUCCGAUGCGCAGGAGCGCCGGCUCAAAAUGCCCAAGCUCCGACUUCCUGGCUUCCGACGCUCCUCAUCCCAGGAGCAGGGCAGGGCCGCGGGGCAGGAUGCCGCCCAGCUGCCCCUGCCUGCCCCCGACUCGCACACGAAGCCACUCGUUCCUGGGCCAAAGGUGGAGGCGGUGGUGUCCCCUGAGCCCCUGGAGGCGGGGCUGCCUGUGACCGCUCCACCCAGCCCCCCGCGCUCCACGCGCACACCUGUCCAAAGCCAGGACCACCCCGGCCUGCAGCCGCCCCUGCCCACAGCAGCCGUGGGACAGAGUGAUCUGCCCCGCUCCGAGGCCCCCACCGGGCUGGCAGCAGCCUCCCUCCCCCCACAGCCGCCCGGCGUGGGAGACUCAGAACCCAAGGCUCCCGAAGGAGAGGUUGCCCGGAGGCCUCCGCCCGGGCCCAAAGGCCCCGGCUCCCUCUCCCCCGAAGGGCCUGUGAAGCUGACGGCUUCCUGCACAGACGCGCCCGCACAGGUCUCCGUGGUGAGCGUGGACCGGCUCUGGGAGGAUUCCGUGCUGACCGUGAGCUUCCCAAAGCUAAAGGUGCCCAGGUUCUCGUGCCCGGCCCCCAGCUCUGAGGCGGUGUUCUUCCCAGUGGUGAGGGACGACACGGGGUCCGGUGUCUGGGCCGCUGCCAACCGGGACCAGCCUGGGCUGUGGGGGGCCAGGCGCCUGCGGGCCGACGCCGAGGGCACCGGGGAGCCUCCUGCACCCCUCUCCUCAGAGGCACCCCCAAUUUCUAAAGUCAAGGUACACAUCCAGGGGACUCCGGGUGAGAGCCAAGAGGUCAUUGUACGCAGCAGGGUGACACGAGAGCAUGCUGGUGUCGCCACCGCUGCGGGCUUUUCCACGCAGAUCGUGCGGGAAUCAGAGAUCUCGGCGUCCGUGGCGCAGGUUCCUUCUUACGGAUUUUCCUUGCUGAAGGUGAAAGGUGCAGAGCCCUGCACGCAGGCCAGCAUCCACAUGGGGGCUCUGGGCUCGGGGGCCCUGGGGGGCUUGGGUGGGGCUCCCGCUUCAGCCACCCCAGGCAUGGGCCCCCGGCCUGCAGAGCCCCAGCCCGAUGCCACAGAGCCGUUUGAGAUGGUGUCUGCCAGCGUCGCCCUGUCUGGGCUGCCCGUGCCUGUGCCCAAGGAGCCCGUGGGCACCCAGUCUGCAGACCACGGCUCCGACGAGGAGCCCGCAGAAAUCCUGGAGUUUCCCGAGGACAGCUGGGAGGAGGCGGCCACCCCGCUGGCAGGCCAAGACUGGGCUCCGAAAGAGAAGCCAGCCAGCAGGAAGUCUUCUGGUCUGCUGUGGUCUUGGCUUCCGAGCAUCGGGUUCUCUUCCUCGGAUGAGACUGGCGCCGAGCCCAGGGAUGACACCCCAAGAUCUACCCCCAUCCAGACGCAGCCCGGGGCCCGGACUGAGGCGGAGCUGCCCAAGAAGCAGGAGAAGCCAGGCUGGUUCCAUCUGCCAAAGUUGGGGUUCUCCUCGCCCACCAGGAAGAGCAAGAGCACCGAGGCCAAGGCAGAGCUGGCGGAGCAAAGGCACCAAGAGGAAACCACCACGUUUUUUGAUGCUCGAGACAGCUUCUCUCAGGAGGAGGAGGAGGACGAGGAGGAGGAAGAGAGAGGGGAUCAGGGAGCAGGGGCUGCAGGUACCCGGCAAUUGGUGGUAAGAGAAGAGCAGGACAGAAAUGCUGGCGAGGAGUCUGGGCCUGUGGCCAACCCUGCCCGCGAGGCCUCGUCCCAGGCGCCCGGUCCUGCCCACGAGGCCUUGUCCUGGGCGUCCGGCCCUGCCCGCGAGGCCUCGUCCCGGGCGCCCGGCCCUGCCCGCGAGGCCUCGUCCCGGGCGUCCGGCCCUGCCCGCGAGGCCUCGUCCUGGGUGUCCGGCCCUGUUCAUGAGGCCUCGUCCUGGGUGCCCGGCCCUGCCCGCGAAGCCUCGUCCCGGGUGCCCGGCCCUGCCCGCGAGGCCUCGUCCCGGGCGCCCGGCCCUGCCCGCAAGGCCUCGUCCUGGGUGUCCACGGGGCCAGCACUGGGAGGGAGCUCCCGCAGUGGACACUGA